CAUCCUCCGACGUGUUCUCCUCUCUGUCUCUCCUCUCUUCUCUUCGUAUCCCUCUCUUCCUCUAUUUUCACAUCCGUGUCAUUUAUGAAUUCUUCGCUACCUUUUGGUAUAGGAGACAUCCUAACCGAUGGAGGUCCGAAUCCAAUUCUGUCAAACCGCCCAAUGAUGAUGAUCCAUAAUUGUGUCGACUCAAGGAGACAUUAUCCCAUGGGGCUUAUAAGCAACCAUUUCGCGCGAACCUUUCAUCCUCGGACGACAUACCAUGGCCGACGCCUCCUCCUCUCUCCCUCUCCUCUCUUCUCUUCUUUUCCCUCUCCUCGGCCUGUUGCUCGCAUCCCUGUCACGGCGAUGGCUGAAGAGUGCUCGCAAGAAUCCACCGCCGAGCCCCCCAUCGUUCCCCUUCAUCGGCCACCUCCACCUAAUCGCCAAGCCCCCGCUCCACCGCGCCCUCGCUGCCAUCGCUGCCGCCCGCGGUCACGUCGUGCUCCUCCGCCUUGGAUCCCGCCCCGUCCUCCUCGUCUCCUCCGCUCCCGCCGCGGAAGAGUGCUUCACCGCCCACGACCUUGCCUUCGCCAACCGCCCCCGCCUCCUCGCCGCUCAGAUCCUAGGCUACGGCUGCACAACCAUCGCCUGGUCCCCCUACGGUCCCCACUGGCGCAACCUCCGCCGCGUAUCCGCCGUCCACCUCUUAUCCACGGGCGCCCUCCGCUCGUCCUCCGACUCACGGACUGGCGCGGUCCGGUCGCUCGCGAAGUCCCUCUUCCUUGAGGACGGCGAUUCGGGGCCGGCCGGCCCGCGGCGAGUGGAGAUGAAGUCGAGGUUCUUCAAUCUCGCGUACGACGUGAUGAUGGGGGUGGUGGCCACGGUCAUCGAGGGGGAGUCCGCGGACGAGAGGCAGCGAUUCCGGGAGGUGGUGGAGGAGAUGUUUGCGGUGAGCGGGGCGGUAAACGUGGCGGACUUCUUUCCGGCGCUGCGGAGGCUGGGCUGGCGUGGGCAUGAGAGGAAGCUCGCGAGUCUCCAGCAUAGGAGGGACGCGUUAAUCGGGGAACUGAUCGAGCGUCAUCGCGUCCGCCCCCGUCAGAGUUGCCGCAACCGAGAGGCGGCGGGGAAAGGAGACGAGGGGAGGACAACGGUGAUCGACGUUAUGUUGUCCUUGCAGGAAAGCGAGCCGGAAACGUACACCGACGUCACAAUUAAGGGCCUUAUCGUGGAGAGCGAUCCGGGAACUUACACCGACGUCACCAUUAAGGGCCUCAUUGCGGACUUACUGGCAGCAGGAACAGACACGUCGGCCGUCACCAUGGAAUGGGCCAUGUGCCUCCUGCUCAUCCACCCCGAAGUCCUGCACGCGGCGAGGGCCGAGCUCGAUGCCAAGAUCGGCCAAGGGCGGAUGGUGGAAGAAGAAGACAUCCCCGAUCUCCCCUACCUCAACUGCAUCAUCAAUGAGACCCUCCGGCUGUACCCCGCCGGGCCGCUCCUGGUGCCCCAUGAGUCUUCCCAGGACUGCACCGUCGGUGGCUACGACGUGCCUCGCGGCACGAUGCUUUUGGUGAACGCGUGGGCCAUCCACAGGGACCCCAAUUCUUGGGACGAACCCGAGGAGUUCAAGCCGGAGAGGUUCCAGUGCGAGGGAGGGAAGGAGGAGGCAGGGCUUAGGAUGCUUCCGUUCGGGUCCGGGCGGCGCAAGUGCCCCGGGGAAGGCCUCGCCAUGCGGGUGAUUGGGCUGGCACUCGCGACCUUGAUCCACUGUUUCGAGUGGGAGAAGCUUCCGGGGGAGGAGGUGGACAUGACUGAAGGGCGGGGGCUCACCAUGCCCAAAGCAAAGCCACUGGAAGCCAUGUGCACGCCACGCCACACCAUGCUUGAUGCCCUUUCACAGCUCCGAGAGUUGGCAUUACAGUAUGUCUAAGACGUUCGUUCCACCGGUUAAAACGCUGCUCUGUGGGUUCGUUGUCUGAUGCGUGUGCUUUUGUCGUUAUGGACGCUUUUGUUCUUGUUGGUUGGCGUCUUACCUGUGUUUGUAGCCUAAUUAAUAAUUUACAUGCUGAGAUAGGUAUGACCGUCUCUUGUAUUUUCGUCCUCCGUAUAAAUCUAAAAACGAGGUUAGCGCA